UGCUACUAUUCGGUAUUUCCCCUUUUACAGUGAUACGGUCACAAAACAUACAAAACAUUCUGCGCUAGGGUUUUGACUGUCCCUCACUCACUCAAAAAUUCAAAAAGGCGGGAGAUACAUACACAACUAAUCUCUACAAUCCACUCUAUUUCCUCCACUUCAAACGGCGAUUCGCCUCUAACAUGUCCGCCGGAGCUCGCCACCUCACCGUCAUCGGCGAAUUCAAGCCGUUCGGCCUAAUCGCCGAAGCUUUGGACGGAAAGCCGUCGGAAAACGUCACCGACAGCUACCAUUACUUCCUGUUCGAUCCGGAAUUGACAAAACAGAGAGAGGAAGAUGAUGAAUUUGAAGGCUCGGGUACUUACAGUGAUCGCGGUGAUCACGAGCUCUUUAUCAGAGGAAACAGGAUAAUAUGGACAAUAGGCUCGCGAGUUCAUAAGAGAUUCACUUCAGCCUCCCCGAUCAUCAUGGCUUGCUGGUGCAGAAUGGGUGACAAGUCAGAAGCUCUGCUUUGUGUUCUUCACACUGAUUGUCUGACAACUUGUAACAUUUCAGGUGACACGGUGUCUGUUCCCUUGUCUCGCCCUGUUAUAUCAAUAUGGCCCCUUCCGUCUGGUUUACUCCUCCAAGUGGCUGAAGCAAACUCAACAUGUGGUCCUUUUUCGUCUUCUAGCCCAUCACUUAUUUCUCGUGAUAUGUUACGAGUGAAAAGAGAUAUAAAGGGUUACAGUCCUCAGAAUCUUUUUGGAUUUACUAGCCAAUUUGAUAUUACUACUAAAGAUGGAUCUUCAUCCUCACAUCUGAUUUUGAGGGACCCAUUGGCAGAACCAGAAUCAACUUACAUCGAGGAAAGAGGUAAAUUGUGCUUAUUGAAAGAGUUUGAUGAGAAAACCAUUUGGACAGGUGAACGGAUCCCUCUUAUGGCAUCAUACAAUAAAGGAAAAAUGCAGCACUCUUUGUGGGUAGCAGAGCUUGGUAAUUCUAUAGUUGAAGUGAACAAUUCCAAAUUAUCUGACAUGGUUCCUGCUGAAGUGUUUCCAAAACAGCUUUCAUUCCGGAGAAUUUGGCAGGGGAAGGGUGCACAAACUGCAGCUAGUAAGGUUUUUCUUGCUACUGAUGAUGAUGCUGUGCCAAUUGUCUGUUUUCUUCUCCAAGACCAAAAGAAGCUCUUGUCAGUGAGGCUUCAGACUGUGGAUCUAAAUAAUGAGAUUCUCUUUGAUAUUAAACCUGACAUGAGUUGGAGUAUACCAGGAAUUGCAGCUGUACCCGUUAAUGCCACUCGUCCAAGAGUAAAAGUAGGGUUGCUACCAUAUUUGGACAUCAUUUGUUUGGCUUCAGAUAACACCCUUCUUCUUUAUUCUGGAAAGCAAUGCCUGUGUAGGUACAUGCUACCCCCUAAUACAAAACCCCUUGAUGCACCAACCAUGUCUCAAGAUCUAAAGAUUGUGGGUUUGUCGAAUUCUGUAGAAGGGCGCUUCAAUGUGAUUGUUAAUAAUGGGCAGGUCCUCAGAUGUGCAUUACGUAGAAGCCCUUCUUCAUCAUUGACAAAUGAUUGCAUCACUGCGAUGGCUGAGGGGCUUAACAGUGUUUUUUAUAAUCAUUUCCUUGUGCUUCUUUGGGGUGAUACUGAUGUGGCUUAUUUGGCUAAGAAUGAUGUUGGUAUUCAGUCAGAAUGGGAGGCCUUCUGUAGUACAAUCACAAAAUUGUGCCAAGAGUCCAAUACUACAACCCAAAUGAUUCCAGAUUUAGCAUCCAACUCAUCCUGGGAGUUUUUGCUCAACAGCAAAUUUCAUAAGAACUACCCCAAUUACAGUUUUGUCAAAGGAAUAUGUCCUGAAAAAUCAAUUAAUCAGCAGGGAUCCAAUUCGUUUGUUUCAUUUGAGGAUCAUUCACAAACCCAUGAAAAAUCAUCAUGUCCUGAGCUACUGAUGGAAACUCUGGAUACCUUACAUGCUGUAUAUGAAACACUGAAAUUAGAUAGUCUUCGCAAGAGGGACUUGACCCUUCUGGUGGCGUUGUUAAGUAAUGUUGCUGGGUUUCUAGGCGAGGAAAGCUACCUGGAUCAUUAUAUACGCGAUUUUCCUCGUCUCUUCAAAUUCGAGACACGCAGGACAGCAUGUUCUCGUAAAACUCCUCCAAGUUUAUUUAGAUGGCUUGAGAAUUGUUUGCGGUAUGGUUAUAAUUCUGUUGAAUCAUGUGACCUUCCUCCUUUGAUCAGUAAAGAGGACAGUAAUGUUGUGAGCUGGGCUCGGAAGAUAGUUUCAUUCUACAGCCUGCUAUGCGGUGCAGAAUUGCUAGAUAAAAAGCUUUCAAAUGGUGUUUGCUGUAAUGUUUCAAGUGGAUCAUCUUCUACAAACGAGCAGCGUGCAGUCUUAGCAAUGGUUGGGGAGAGAUUUGGGCUGCAACAGUUAGACUUGCUGCCUGCUGGUGUUUCCCUUCCUCUGCGUCAUGCGUUGGAUAAAUGUCGUGAGUCUCCUCCAACUGAUUGGCCCGCUGCUGCUUAUGUUCUUCUUGGUCGAGAAGACCUAGCUUUGUUGUGCUCGGCGCAUUCAAGAAAAUCAAAGGAAAAUGAACCUCACACCAACAUGAACUUGAUUUCCAUGUCCACUCCUUACAUGCUACAUCUCCAUCCUGUGACAAUACCUUCCUCAACUUCUGAUACAAAUGAAUCGGAAAUCACCAAGUUGGAGGAUACAGAUUCUGUUGAUGGAUCUUUAAAUGAUGGUAUGGAGCAUAUCUUUAACUCUAGCAUGCAGCUGAGAUAUGGUCGUGAUUUGCGAGUAAAUGAGGUUAGACGUCUUUUAUGUUCUGCAAGACCUGUGGCAAUUCAGACACCUGUUAAUCCUACUGCUUCAGAUCAGGACCUGCAACAGGCUCAGUUAUGGCAACUUGCUCAAAGAACAACUGCUCUUCCUAUUGGGCGCGGAGCAUUUACACUUGCAACCACACAUACUCUUCUGACAGAGGCGCUCACAGUUCCUAAGCUCAUUCUAGCUGGCCGAUUGCCUGCUCAACAAAAUGCAAUGGUCAAUCUAGAUCCAAAUAUUAGGAACAUUCAGGAACUCAAAUCUUGGCCUGAGUUUCACAAUGCUGUUGCUUCUGGACUAAGACUUGCCCCCAUUCAGGGGAAAAUGUCAAGGACAUGGAUCAUAUAUAACAAACCGAAUGAACCAAAUGUUACCCAUGCAGGACUACUUCUUGCACUGGGGCUACACGGACAUCUACGAGUGCUGACUAUAACCGACAUAUAUCAGUACUAUUCUCAGGAGCAUGAAAGCACCACUGUUGGACUAAUGCUUGGACUUGCAGCAUCUCAUAGGGGAACCAUGCAUCCGGCAAUAUCAAAGUCAUUUUAUGUUCACAUUCCAGCUCGCCAUCCUUCUUCCUUUCCUGAGUUGGAAUUACCAACCCUCUUGCAGUCUGCAGCACUUUUGUCUGUUGGGCUUCUUUACGAAGGAUCUGCGCACCCCCAAACUAUGCAAGUUCUCUUGGGAGAAAUUGGACGGAGAAGUGGAGGUGAUAAUGUACUUGAAAGAGAAGGUUAUGCAGUUUCGGCUGGAUUCUCUCUAGGUCUUGUUGCCUUGGGUCGUGGAGAAGACACUCUUGGUUUCAUGGACAAAUUUGUUGAUAGACUGUUCCAGUAUAUUGGUGGUAAAGACUGUCACAAUGACAAAUCUCAUCUCCUAACACCGUCAAUGGAUGAGCAUGGUCGUGGUGUUGGGCAGGUAAUGGAUGGGAACCCAAUUAAUGUGGACGUCACUGCUCCUGGAGCUAUAAUAGCUCUAGCAUUAAUGUAUUUAAAGACUGAAUCAGAUGUGAUGGUGUCAAGACUCUCUAUUCCUCGAACGCAUUUUGAUUUGCAGUACGUGAGACCUGACUUUAUUAUGCUUCGUGUUAUCGCUCGGAACUUGAUUCUGUGGAGCAGGGUUCAUCCAUCUGAAGAUUGGAUUCAGUCUCAGAUACCAGAAAUUGUGCAAAGUGGGGUUAAAGGCCUAAGUGAUGAAAUGAGUGAUGUUGACGGAAUGGACGCUGAAGUUUUUGUUCAGGCAUAUGUUAAUAUAGUAGCCGGAGCUUGUAUUUCACUGGGUCUAACAUAUGCUGGUACUAGAGAUGGACAUGCACAGGAGUUGCUUUACAAAUAUGCAAUCUACUUUCUUAACGAGAUAAAGCCUGUUUCUGUUUCAAGUUGCAAAAGUUUCCCAAAAGGACUGUUGCAGUACGUUGAUAGGGGUACCUUGGAGACAUGUCUGCAUCUCAUUGUUCUUUCCUUAUCUGUGGUUAUGGCAGGUUCUGGACAUUUGCAAACAUUUAAAUUAUUAAGAUUUCUUCGUACUCGAAAUUCGGCUGAUGGGCAUGUUAGUUACGGUACUCAACUUGCGGUAAGCUUAUCUUUGGGUUUCUUGUUUCUUGGAGGUGGAAUGCAUACAUUUUCGACUAGCAAUAACUCUAUUGCCGCAUUACUUAUAACCCUAUAUCCUCGCUUGCCCACUGGACCAAAUGAUAAUCGAUGCCACCUUCAGGCAUUUAGGCAUUUAUAUGUCCUUGCAACGGAAGCUCGAUGGGUUCAAACAGUUGAUGUAGAUACUGGUUUACCAGUUUAUGCCCCUUUGGAAGUUACAGUUAAGGAGACUGAACAUUUUGCGGAGACUAGUUUUUGUGAGGUUACCCCUUGCAUUCUACCAGAGCGUGCUAUAUUGAAGACUGUUCGUGUUUGUGGUCCUCGAUAUUGGCCUCAAGUCAUUGAACUAAAUCCCGAAGAGAAACCUUGGUGGAAUGCUGGGGAUAAGGACGACCCAUUUAAUUCUGGCAUACUUUAUAUUAAGCGAAAAGUUGGUGCAUGUUCUUAUGUUGACGAUCCCAUAGGAUGUCAGUCAUUACUUUCACGUGCCAUGCACAAGGUGUUUGGUUUAACAAGUCUCAGAACGUGUAUCCUCAGUACUGAUGAUGAUAGUGUACCAGCAACAGUUCAUCAACUUGUCAGUACUUUUUCAUCUGAUCCAAGUUUGAAUGCUUUCGCUCAACUUUGCUGCGACCUUUCAUGGGAUAGCAGAUCUGAAGCUGAUUUCCAAGAGUUUUGCUUGCAAGUAUUAUUCGAGUGUGUGAGCAAGGACAGGCCAGCCCUUUUACAGGUCUAUUUGUCAUUAUACACAACAGUUGGGUCUUUGGCUGACCAGCUUACAAGCGGUGUUCCCAUUUUGGGCGAUACACUUUUCGUGCCUAGUUUUAAGCUAGCGCUAGCCUACAAUGAAGCAGUGCUCAAAGGACGUUUGGCAACAUCCAGGGGAAGCAUUAUUCAAUCUGCUUUUCUUGGUUCGCUUGAGAAGUGCAUGGAUGAUCUUCUUAGUUAUUCUGCAUCCCUGACGGAUGAUCUACCUAAUUACCUAAAUUCAGGGAUAUGGCCCGAGGAGGGCCAGGAAGGAGAUUCUUCAACUGUUCUUGCUUGGUACCUCCAUUGGUAUGGUGUACCCGCGCCCAGUAUAGUUAAAAGAGUCAUGGAGAAACUUCGACCCUUACGGUUAGGAGGAACAUCCUCCUGUUCAGUUCCCUUGUUACAUUUGUUAUUUCCAAGAACCCAUAUUCAAGCAGUUGCAGAUAUUGAUAAAUUCUGCUUUUCAUAAUUGGUUAGUAAUGAGAGCUGAUGGAGAGAGAAACUAUCAGAUGCUAGCUGUUUUUACAUCCUGGUUGUGUGCUCUUGCAUCUCGUUUGGAGUAAAAAGGAAAUCCUCAAAACAUUACUCUUUUUGGUCAGUAAUAUUAAGAAUCAACUAACUCAUGUAGUUUGGGAAUAAGGUCUGUAAACUGCACGAAGCGCCAUUUUUUAAAGCCAAUCACAAUGCUCCAGAAGUAGGAGAAAGAUGAGGGCCGUAUUAAUUGCCAGUGGGUGAUGUUGCAGUUGAUCUGCCCGAAUGACUGUAACAAGUCAUGUUGUCCUCAUAUUAGAAAGGAACUAAUGACUUGUAUAUUGAUCAAUAGACUUUCCUACAAUGUUUCAUAGGAAUUUUAUACAUGUAUCUUGUUCUGUUGUCAAUUGUCAAGAGACAUAGUAAGAUUCAAAGAGACAGGUUGUAAUUAUAUUCGGACGAGAAAUGAUUUGUUAGAUCCAAAAUGUACUGCUCCAUCACCAUAUACAUGAAAGGACCAUGCAAUGUAUGCAAUUCUUGGACAUGGUUUGAUACUUUAAGAGUACAUGUGUAUGCAUUGUGCAUCACUGAUUUCUUUUUCCCA